AUGGAGGCGGAAUCUGAAAUCACACCUGCGCCAGCACAAAAUGGUUCGCCAGGUUCACGCGAAAUUACUGACAAUAGCAUGGACCCACACAAGUCGACAGUGCAACCUGUUCAUAACAUGGUACAAGAACCACUGACGUUUCUAAAACCAAAACAGGAGCCGAGAGGUAGUGAUUGUGAUUUUGCGUGUGGAAGGUUCAACAAUGGAUCUGGAGUAGAAACCGGCCACUUAGACAAAGACAGUACUUAUUUUCCUCGUCGAGAUUUUCUACAAAACAAUUUAUAUGGAACUAGUGCUGGAAACGAAUCCGAAUCUCCCAGACAUUUUACGGAAGCCAAUGCCACCAUGACGAUCACGAGGAACAUGCAGGAUAAUGGACAUUUCGCUAUGAUUGGUACAACCAACCAAGAAUCUCGUUUUCACAGAACCGAACAAAGUGACUUUCAUGUUACCGAGAGAUCACAUACAGAUUUCCCAAUACAAGACCACGGAAAUACAGAGAGUAUGACUGGCAAUACAGUUGUAUCAACUUCUUCAUCCCUACCAGUUUUCCCGAACCAAAGGCCACCUCCGUACCCGGUGUAUAUGUCCCAGGCAACUCCGUCAACUAAAGAUGGAAUAGUAACAAAUCAAACUACAGCACCUAUUCAUGCUUCCCAAAACGCUUGGGAAACUGGAGCAAAAGAUUCGGGUUUCAACAAUAUUGGAUUCGACAACAACGUGUCAGAUUCGCAAAUGCAGUCGCAAAUUCAUGAACUGGCAAGUUCUCUGGUUUCAAUGGCAGACAAUAUUCAAGUGCCAUCAUCAUCUGCAAACUCAGUUGGAUUUCCCAUGAAUACAACAGGGGUAGGACAGGAUUCCCAGAAUGUAAUGUAUAUGAUGACUGGUAAUAUUCCUGAUGUGAAAAAGAGGAGAGAACUAUCUCUAAAAACUAAAGUAGAUAUAAUAAACAAUGCAGAAGGAAGCGGAAAGAGUCAACGACAACUUGCUGCACAAUUCAAUAUAUGUAAAAGUCAAGUGCACAAUAUAUUGAAAAGAAAAGAAGAAAUUAAAGAGACAUAUGAAAUAUCACCAGGAUCAGACAGAAAGAGACGAUUUAUUAGGACAGAGAAUGAUGAUAUUAACAUUAUGACAUUAGAAUGGUAUCAUCGUUUAAAACAACAGAAUGUGAAAUGUGUCACAGGGAAAAUGCUACAGUGUAAGGCAAGAGAAAUUGCUCAGCAGUUAGGAAAAACAGAAUUCAAAGCUUCCAAUGGUUGGCUGGAGAGCUUUAGAAAAAGACAUAAAAUUGGACCGUGUUCAAAUGGAAACAAAGCCAACAACCCACAGUUUGAUUUUACAUAUAGUGGAAUGGCAAGCAAUGGAUUUUUCAAGAAUGCAAUGAAUAAUCCUGAAUUGUGGAAUGUGUAUCAUUCCCAAUCUGUUCCCAAAGAGUCUGUAGAGGAUUCCAGGUCAAGUCCUCAGUCAGAUGAGGAAGGAGCGGCCCAGAACUUGUACAGCUAUAACUACAACAUGGUGUUAAACAGAAAUAACAAUAAUAAUGAUGGAGAGACAGAUGAGGACAAAGUGGAUAGGCUGGACGAUGAUUAUAAUGCUAAUGAAGAUGAAAUCUACCCUUACACUGAUACAAAUGAUGGUGCAACACACAGAAUAGAGACAGACAGCUUUGGCAAGCUGGAAGUGCCCUCCAACAAAUACUAUGGGGCCAACACUGCCAGAUCACUCAUGAACUUUGACAUAGGAGGUCCAAGUGAACAGAUGCCGCUCCCCAUCAUUCAUGCCUUUGGUGUACUGAAGAGAUGUGCUGCUGAGGUGAAUCAGGAGUAUGGCCUUGACACUGUGAUUGCUAAAAAUAUAAUGAUUGCUGCUGAAGAGGUGGUGAAAGGGAAGCUAGACAGUCACUUCCCUCUUGUGGUGUGGCAGACUGGAUCUGGUACACAGACCAACAUGAAUGUGAAUGAGGUCAUCAGUAAUCGUGCAAUAGAGAUCAUGGGUGGUCAGCUGGGCAGCAAGUCUCCUGUUCAUCCCAAUGACCAUGUCAAUAUGAGCCAGAGUUCAAAUGACACAUUUCCUACAUCGAUGCACAUAGCUGUUGCCAUGGAAAUAAACCAUAGACUGUUGCCAGGGAUGGAAAAGUUAAGGGCUUCCUUAGCGGCAAAAUGUGAGGAAUUUACAGAAAAGAAAAUUGUCAAAAUAGGGCGCACACAUUUACAGGAUGCCACGCCGCUGACCCUGGGACAGGAAUUUAGUGCUUAUGUCCAGCAGAUAGAGUUUGGAAUAGAGCGAGUCAAGGACACUCUGCCAAGGCUUUACAAACUGGCAGCAGGUGGUACCGCUGUAGGAACUGGACUAAAUACUCGCAUAGGCUUUGCUGAGAGUGUGGCAGAGAAAGUAGCAUCUUACACUGGAAUACCAUUUGUGACGGCUCCAAAUAAGUUUGAGGCUUUGGCUGCUCACGAUGCCUUGGUGGAGGUCCAUGGAGCCUUAAACACUGUUGCGUGCAGUCUGAUGAAGAUUGCCAAUGACAUCAGGAUGCUUGGUUCAGGACCACGAUGUGGUAUCGGAGAGUUGACCCUACCCGAGAAUGAACCUGGCAGUAGUAUUAUGCCAGGAAAAGUGAAUCCUACCCAGUGUGAGGCAGUAACCAUGGUAGCCGCUCAAGUGAUGGGCAAUCAGGUCGCAGUUACAGUAGGAGGAAGUAACGGCCAUUUUGAAUUGAAUGUUUUCAAGCCUAUGAUGGUGAAGAAUGUGUUACAGUCUGUGAGACUUAUUGCCGAUGCCUGCUUGUCUUUCUCCAAAAACUGUAUCGUGGGCAUUGUUGCUAAUGAGGAAAAACUUACCAAAAACCUCAAUGAAUCUCUGAUGUUGGUGACAGCAUUAAAUCCACACAUUGGAUACGACAAUGCUUCUCAGAUUGCAAAAUUAGCCCACAAAGAAGGGUUGACUUUGAGACAAGCUGCAUUACAACUAGAACUUGUUCCUGAAGACAAAUUUGAUGAGUGGGUUAGACCAGAGAAAAUGUUAGGACCAAAGUAGAUCUGAAUUGUCACCUGUAUACUUCACAGUGUAUCUUUUUAAUGGAGGAUUGUUACUGGUAUCUGCAAUACCUGGAAUAUCAUCAUGAGUAAAGGCUGAUCUAUAUAGAUGUAAAUGGGGCUUGGAAUCUCUCCAUACUUUAGUUCUCUUAUUACCUAUGAUAAUUUGUAUAAAGGAAUUCUUUGAAUUUUGGAACAUGGAUAGAUUUUUGAAUUCUUCCAAAUUACACAUCUAAUAAUGCAUUUUGUGACUGAAAAUAAUCCAUGUUUUUGGAACACACUCCAUUGUGAAUGUAAUUUAUAUAGAUAUAUAAAUAUGAGUGUUUCUACUUCAGGUUUAUAUUACUUGUACACUACUACUCCCAGAUAGAAAGCAUCUAAAACUACAGGCUAUUCCAGUAGUAAAUUUACCAGUAAAUAUUUGGGGAGAGAGCAGACAGAUAAAAGGACUUUUUUUCCAAUGACCCAUUCCACAUACAUAUAUAUAUAUUCUUUUGCUUUAUCGGGCUGUAAUGUUGGUAUUCUACACUGCCUUUUGAUAUAUUUUCUGAUCUGUUAAAUUGAGUAUACCCCACUGUUGACAGGGCCCUUGAUACUGUGUAUUAAAUUGUAAUGACAAACAAUGGUUGGAACUGAUGGUUUUCAAACAUAAUUAUUCAUAUAUACAUGUAUAUGACUAUUGAAAGGAAUGUUCUGAUAUCAUCUUGUGUAUAGAUAUCUGGAUAAUUAGGAUCUUUUAAUUCUCAACUUAGCAAUCAAAGUCAAUAGAAUACCAGGCAAACCUUGACAUAUUAUUGAAGAAUGAAAACAUCAAGCAUACCAAAGUGUAUGACAUUACUUCUUGUUCACAGUGAAUAAUGAAACUACAUUCAGUUGAUCUUGUUAUAAUAUUAUCACAUAACAAAGCUGGAAUUGAAGUGUAGUAUGAAUCAAAUGUUUAUGAUUUAGCAGGUUUUACAUGUUAGCAUGAAAUUUUUAAGGCAUGUGUGACUGGGAGUAUGUGUCAGUGUGAAGCUUGUAUCACAUAUAUCUUGUGUGCAGGGAUGUGUCAGUGUGAAGCUUGUAUUACAUGUAUAUUGUAUGCAGGGAGUACGUGUCAGUGUGAAGCUUGUAUUACAUGUAUAUUGUGUGACAGGGAGUAUGUGUCAGUGUGAAGCUUGUAUUACAUGUUUCUUGUGUGACAGGGAGUAUGUGUCAGUGUGAAGCUUGUAUUACAUGUAUAUUGUGUGACUGAGAAUAUGUGUCAGUGUGAAGCUUGUAUUACAUGUAUCUUGUGUGACAGGGAGUAUGUGUCAGUGUGAAGCUUGUAUUACAUGUAUAUUGUGUGACAGGGAGUAUGUGUCAGUGUGAAGCUUGUAUUACAUGUAUAUUGUGUGAGGGAGUAUGUGUCAGUGUGAAGCUUGUAUUACAUGUAUCUUGUGUGCAGGGAGUAUGUGUCAGUGUGAAGCUUGUAUUACAUGUAUAUUGUGUGGCAGGGAGUACGUGUCAGUGUGAAGCUUGUAUUACAUGUAUAUUGUGUGACAGGGAGUAUGUGUCAUUGUGAAGCUUGUAUUACAUGUAUAUUGUGUGGCAGGGAGUAUGUGUCAGUGUGAAGCUUGUAUUACAUGUAUAUUGUGUGACAGGGAGUAUGUGUCAGUGUGAAGCUUGUAUUACAUGUUUCUUGUGUGACAGGGAGUAUGUGUCAGUGUGAAGCUUGUAUUACAUAUAUCUUGUGUGAGGGAGUAUGUGUCAGUGUGAAGCUUGUAUUACAUAUAUCUUGUGUGGCAGGGAGUAUGUAUCAGUGUGAAGCUUGUAUUGUAUGUAUAUUGUGUGACAGGGAGUAUGUGUCAGUUUGAAGCUUGUAUUACAUGUAUAUUGUGUGACAGGGAGUAUGUGUCAGUGUGAAGCUUGUAUUACAUGUAUAUUGUGUGCAGGGAGUAUGUGUCAUUGUGAAGCUUGUAUUAUAUGUAUCUUGUGUGACAGGGAGUAUGUGUCAGUGUGAAGCUUGUAUUACAUAUAUCUUGUGUGGCAGGGAGUAUGUGUCAUUGUGAAGCUUGUAUUAUAUGUAUAUUG